AUGCAGGAACUGUCGGAUGAAAAUCUGCGUGUCCGAGAUCAGAAGAUAAAAAACCCCUCAGCUCUGGACACGUCUACCGAUGAUGAUGAUGAAGACAAAAAAUCGGCUGUCACUAAGGCUAAACAAUCGAGAAAGAUCAAGAAACAAAAUGAAUCGAAGACUAAAAUGCAAAGAACAGAAGACAUAAUUCAGGCUCAUCAACAAAUCCAAAAAGAAAAAUCUGAAAAAAUCACUACUGAUACCCAUUUAAGUGACAACUUAUUGUCAGGAAUAGAUGAAAUUGAACAAAACUCGUCUGAUCCUGAAAAUAAUCGAGAAAAUGGAGGAGUAAUCAGAAGGAAUCGUCGUAUCAUUAGCGAGACCGACUCUGAAAAUGACAUGUUCGAUGAUCCACCACAGCAAUACAUUGAACCAAUUGUUAUUAUCAAAGAAAAUAAUUUUGCUGACCAAGAAGAGACAAAAGAGGAUAAUAGUAAGGUAUGACUAAGUAUUUCUUAUAAAUUAAUUAUGAGUUAAGAAAUGAGCAAUUUUUUAAAUGAUUAUUUUGAAUAUCUAUCAAGAUUGACU